AUGGAAAACUCUGUAAACAAUACGACAACUUCUGGGCCUUCAUUUAAGGAUAAGGCCCGAUUAGCAUGGAAUGACCUCAUUGGUGACUCCAACCCUAUAAUGAAGAUAGUCGGCAUCAUUGGCGCCUUCUUAAUCGUCCUCAUUGCAUUCUUCGGCUUCUUCAGGGUCUUCAACUCGGAUGAGGCUGGACAGAAACAGUACGCCAAGGCUUUCAUCGAGAAGGAAAAGAGAGACCAGUGGGAGCAAAACCAAAAAUGGCAGGAGCGGCGCAACCACAGGGCUGUCGUCGCUGCUAGUGCUAAAGAGGAACGUGUGAUGAGGGAGAACUACGUCAUUUUCACCGGGGAAAAGGGAGAGGAAAACUACGUUGAGGGGGAAGAGGCAGGGUGGUAUUACUGUCGUCUUUGUAAGAAGAAGUCGGCCACUUUUGAGAUGCUCGAGAUUCAUAUUGGCUCUAAGGUGCUGAUCUGUGCUCAGCCUUUCCUGCGUUAUAUCAUGAACCUAGCAGGACCACGCCAAGCGAGUCAGCUGCCCAGAAUGUCUACCUCUGAGAGCAGUUCAGCAGCGGGUGGAGAUAGUGACGUGUAUGCUACCGCAGCAGCCCGAGGAAAGGAUGGUGAGAAGGCCAGCGACGGUAGCAAGAUUCUUGCCAGAGGGGACGUCUCCUAUGGAUGGCCACAGAUCGUCUCAGUAGCGUCUGUCGAGGGUCAUAUGCUAGGCCAGAACCAUCAGAAAAACUGUGAUAACUACAAACUGCCCCGCUACCGUCAGGGUGGAGGGCCGGAACAAGCGGAGAUAGUCUUAGAUUUCGAUGCACAUCUCGGCACCAAGAAAGCGAAGAACCCCAGUCGCCCACUUUACAGCAUCGGCUAUGCCAAGAUCGCUGAUGCAAGCGAAGAGUAA